CAGAAGAUGCCGGUGCUACAUCCGGCAGGGGCCUAUCCACCCUCCCUGGCCCAGCUGAUGAUGUACCAGGAACAAUACUCAUCAGGAACACCCCCACCUCAUGUCAGAGGGUUAGAGGUCGACUCAAAAACAGGUAUCUUAAGACGGAGCCACUCUGAUAUUUCACCCUACCAUCCUCUGUCACCAAGCUCGCUUGGAUCACAUCCAUUAGAGGUCUACAACAUGCCUUGGCCUGGGCAACCAUUCUACCCUCUGACAAGCAGCGCCCUACGGUCCCCUUAUCCACCUAGUCUAGCCGUUAGUCCAGCCAGCAUGGCCCGUCUGGGCCCGUCACCUAUCAGUUCUGGUCCAGUACCCGUCGGUAGCCUUCCACACUCUCUCAUGCAUCCCAUGGGAUCAUCACAACAACACGACGCUCAGCAGCAGAGUAACGACAGACAUCAGAAGGAGAAGGAGAAGAAGCUAGCAGCCCAAGAAGCAAAGAACAAACAGCAACAUAUCAAGAAACCUCUGAAUGCAUUCAUGCUUUAUAUGAAAGAAAUGAGAGCCAGUGUGGUCAAGGAAUGUACGCUCAAAGAAAGUGCUGCCAUCAAUCAAAUACUAGGCCGAAGGUGGCAUGCGCUGUCGCGAGAAGAGCAGGCUAAGUACUACGAGCUGGCACGCAAGGAGAGACAACUUCAUAUGCAGCUGUAUCCAGGUUGGAGUGCCAGGGAUAACUACGCUAUCCACGGCAAGAAGAAAAAGAAGAAGAGAGAUAAAUCUCAUGGAGAGAAUCCAGGUGAGCCAUCGACACCCAAGAAAUGUAGAGCAAGGUUUGGGGUGGAUCAGCAAGACUUCUGGUGUAAGCCUUGUAGGAGGAAGAAGAAGUGCAUAAGAUACAUCUCAUCUGACGAGAAUGACCAUGGAAAGGAUGAUGAUAUGGAUGACGAUGACAUGGACGAUGACCAAUCCGACACCAGUCCUAGUCAACCACCACCGCUUGAUCCAGACCACCCCCCACCACCACCCCUGUCACUGUCAGGGGUGCUCCCUCAUUCUCCUCUCCAUCGGCCUCAUCAAGAUGCUGUGGUGUCUCCUAAACAGAAUGGUAUCCAUCCUGGACCAAUGAGCCGUGUGAUCGCUCCUCACCCUAGUAGCAGCAGCAGUAGCGGAAGGAGCAACGGACACAGUAGUAGCUCUCAGAGCAACGGUGAACCGCCAACAUCUAAAGGACCAAGUACAUCAUCAUUGCCUGUGACAUCAUCUGCAGGAAUGUCAUCAAGUAGUUCAUCCCACAAGGCAUCAAGCCAUAGAGACAGUCAUUCUGCCAGUCAUUUGAGCCUGUCGAGUGUCAGCAAGCCUCCGGAAACAAGUCGUCCAUUGUUCUCACCGCACUUACACACGACGUCGUCGAGCGGUCCGAGCUCCUCGGCGUCGAUAUCGUCGUCUCUUUCGCAUUCUACUCUCAGCAUUCCGUCACUCUCGUCCCAGCACAUCUCCCACCAUUCACAGCAAUCCCUGGCAGCGCAGACGUCGCCGACCAUCGUCCACUUACCUCAUCCCUCGGCGGCGUCCUACCCGUCGCUUUCCAGUGCAACGUCUCCGAUGGUGAUGUUCUCGCCGCAGGCAUCGUUGCUGGGUCACCAUCCGGCCCCUCCCGGGAUGCAUGAGGCAUUCCGUCCCCACCUCACAAAUGGUUUUCCCCCGCACGGUCUCUUACCGAUGCACCACCCACAAGGUAUUCCUCCUCCUCCUCUCAUCUCUGCCGCACACUCUCAGCAGCUUAGAAUGCCACUCUCUGAAAUGCCUCAGGAUCUAUCAGUCAAGUCAGGAACUGUGACGGCGUGACUAUCCCGGUGAGACCUUGCCCACGUCGCAACGUAACCACCACCCCCCUCAAUCCUCUAUGCACAAUGACCAUUCAAACACAAACCUUGUUUGGGUGAAAACUGUUCUAUUGACCUUCAAGAAAUAAUUCACCAACUGUAGUCUGGCUCCUAAAUAGUUUUGUCCUUUUAAUGAGAAUGAUAGAUGUAUUUUUGUUAAAUGAAUUUGAUAUUAAUAAUGAAAAACAAAAUCUUGGAAGAUUUUCCUCUAUGUAUUCAUUGGGCUAGUGCCUUGUACCCUCUCAAGCAAUCUGAAAUUAAUGACCAAUCAUCCCCCCUCCACCCCCUUAUUUGAUAUGUUGAUUUUGAUACAAUUUGAAAUGUAAGUGGCUGGUCCAUUUUAAUGUCAUAUUUAUUUAAUCUGAUCUGUCCCCAUCAUCCUUCUCAUAUACUGCAUGUUGUAGUAUGUGUCCACCUAAAUUUUUCUUUUUUAAUAAACCUACCUCGCACCAUCCCACCGUGUUGUCGACGAUCCUAGCAGCUUUGAUUGUCCAAAUACUGGGCCACAUAUCAAAGAGCUUAGAAAAUGAACAUACAGAUGAUUGAUUGCUCUCAAUAACAAAUGCAAUCAAUCAUGAAAAUCAGUCCUUCUACCAAUCAUACGUGUUGUGUUACCGAACUCUGAUCUUUUAGACCUGCCUUGCUGCAGGUCUGUCCAAGUGUUGCGUUGCGGCCGGCGUGAGUCUCUCCACAUGAACUGAUAAUAUGUACUACUCAACGUUGUGAAUUUGUAAAUUAUUUAUAUGCACGGGACACCUGUGUAUCGUCUAGCCUCGUCUGACUCUAAAAGACAUCGACCCAAGGUACCCGACUGCUUUCAUUGGCACGGCCAUUAUCUACGCUCCUACCACUGUCAUAUCUUGGAAAUCGGGAGAAAAAGGACUCUUGAGUUUGAUAUAUGACCUGUCGCGACUGCUGAAUUUAUUGCUGUCUUUUUAUUUGUUUUGCUUUGUAAUAUAUUUCACUCACUUGCUCACUCCUGUAUUUGUUUUUAUUUUUAAAAGAGAUGUUUUUGUUCAUUUGUUGCUAUAGGAGCGCAUCAUACAUUAUCGGUCAUUGCAGAAUUUGGUGGUAAAUUGAUGAUUCCCUGAGAGGUACAAUCGUGAUUUUAAUUUAUUUUAAUCUCAGACUCAUUGCAUAUCACAAAGCUGAUACCCAGACUUUUUACUAGUGAUACUUGGAGAGUCAAAACUCUGGAAUGUAUGUGUUUCUUCACAAAAUAUAACAAAAUUAGAUUGAAUUUCAACAGUAAAAAAAAAACUUGCAAUCUUAUGUGAAUGGAAGGACCAUGCACCCUCAAAAUGGAUAAAAAGAUCUGUUGAGUCACCCACUUUUCUCUUUUACAAGGUACGCCUGACAUAGCACUUACAAUUUUUUUACGGUUGUGAAGGUUUUGCACACUUGUUUUUUUAAUUUAAAGAGACUGUGAAGUACGACCUUUGUAAGUUGUGGUCAUUUUUACAAUAAUGGGAAAGAGAUUAAAGGUAUUCACUUUUAAGCUUUGCCUAGCUUUCCUUUGUGUAGUUCUUUUCACACAUGCAUAUUACGACUGUUACCCUCUAUCAAUUGGGCCUCGCACUAUCGCAACCUUUGUUGCACGAGAUCAUUAGUGAGGAAGUAGAAAUUCUCGCAUUGUUUGUCUAAUUACAGUCUAAAACCUUGUGUUUAAUCAGAAAUAGAAGUAAAUGAAGAGAAGUAAUUUGCAGGGUUUUGUUUAUUUUCUCUUUACCAAUACAAACAGGAAUAAUAUCAGAAAUAUGUGAUUCAUUUCCAUUCAUUAGCCAUGAUGGAAUGAAAAGUGAUUUUAGCAUGUUUCAUGAUCAGACACUCUUAUCUAUAUUUUUACUUUUUACUUUCAAAAUAAGUCUGACAAUCAUUUGGUCAUUUAUAAGUUCAUUCAAGUGAUUGCUUCAUAACCAAGCAGUUAUCAGGUGAAAUUGGUGCAGCCUCAAAACUAUCAACAUGAAAUUCCCAUCGAUAUAAAGGAAUUAUUUUCCACCUAUAUUUUUCUUUACUGUUUUAGUGGUGCUGACAAAAUUCUGCUGUGAAAAAUCUGUUUUAAAUUAUAUAAGUCAUGUGACCAAUACAUGUCUUGUGACCAAUGUGAGUCAUGUGACCUAUUCAAGUCAUGUGACCUAUUCAAGUCAUGUGACCUAUACAAGUAAUGUGACUUAAGCUAGUCAUGUGACCAAUACAAGUCAUGUGACCGAUACAAGUUGAUGCGUCUCCCUAUGCAAUUCUGAAUUACCAUACUUGCAAUCUUGUACAUGUUUAUUCAUUAAAGGUCUAUUACUUUGUUUAUAAUUUUGUUUAUAUAAUAUUAGUGACAAAUGUGAUUUUAUGUUGUAAGAAUUAUAUUCUAUGUUAGUUUGAUGUUUCCCCUUAGAUAUAUCUAUUAAUUACACGCAAGUACCUAUCUGAAAUUAUUGAAUUUUUUCCCUCAUUUUUCAAUCUUUGUUUAAGCUAUUAAUUGAAAGAAUGAUUGUCCUUUUGUACUUAACAUCUCAAAUAGAAAUUUAUACAAAUGUACUUUUUUAAUUCAGGGGAAUAUGUAGAAAAUAUAAAUGAAUAGAUAAAAAUGAGAAUGAAAUUUUGAUUUUAAUAAAGCUAUACGUACAGCUACUACGGAGUGUAUUAGAACUAUGCUCACUCGCAUGUUGUAUUCAUUAAAUACUUAAAAUAAUUUUGUUUCAUAUUUUUAAUAUUUUUUAAAAAAUUAAACUAUUUUGUAUUAAAAGAUUACAUUUCUCAUCCUUAUCAAUGAUUUAACCCCCUUGAAUAUCUGCAGGUUUUCUCUAUCUCAAAUUGUGGCCUGUAUUUUAUUUUCUUCGGGUAAUACCUUAUGAUAAUUGUUAGGUUUGAACAACUUAUCUUCCCAAAAUCCAAAAGCAUGUGGCUUCUUUUAUCCUUUACUUGAUUUUCUUAUUGAUGUACUCAUAUCCCAUUGCUCUAAGUCAGGGUUGUAAGAAUAAGUUUGUUAUUUAUUAAAUCAUUUGAAAUCACAUUAAAGACACGUUUUAAAAUCAUUUAAAACAUAUUUUAAAACCUUUGUGUAAUCCCUGCUUCAAAUGCCCUGAUCCCAUAUUUGAAAGAUGGAAUUAUGUACCUCCACUUGCAGUUAAUGAAUGCAGAAAUAAGUACUAUAAAUUUAUUAGUCAGUACUUUUUUUUUUUUUUUUAUACAAAACUGAACCCGCAUGUAUUCAACUUUUAUCUCUUUUGUAAUAAUUCAGACAUGUGUUAUCCUUGGAGAAUUGGUGGUUUGUACAAAAAGAAUGACUUAAUAUGCAAAGAAAUGUUUCUUUCUUUCCGUAACAUUAUUAACAGUUGCACAAUGUCAUGCAAAUUAUGAUUAAUGUACAAUAGAACUUUUAUGAUGAAUAAUUAAGGGUUGCUUAUGGACUCGCAUUCUGAACAGUUAUCACUGCCUUAUCACUUAUCUUGGUGUAGCAGGCCCCAUUGUGGGGCUAUGGGGGAUGUUUCACAAACAGUUCAUGUGGACUUACCUUCAUGCCUACAUGCCAAUUCGCAUAAAACAUGAAGGAGCUAAUCUCAAUGAAUACCUCAUACUUCAUCUAAUCAUCAAGUCAUGCAAAUCGGAUUUACUUCUAAUUGCAAAUACAGUGUGUAUCAAACUAAAGGCGAUCUGAAUAUGGAGGGAAUAAUACAAAGAAAUUAAUCAAAUUAUUGAAUAUUGCAAUAAAGAUUCACCAGAAUGUGAAAGAAUGUGAAAUAAGGCAGGUACAGAUCAAAUUUUUCCAAGUUUUGGUAAAAAAAAUUGGUGAACUGAAUGGAAAGUGGUCAGUCUGUUGGGAAAAAGCAAACUUUUCAUCCUUGCAUUAAUUAACAUAGCCUACAAAAAAUAUCAAAGUGAUCACGUCCAAUGAUGAAGAAAUCACUCAGCCGAGGCAUCAGUAUCUCAGCCAUACUUGCCAAAACUUGUAAAAAAUUGGAGUUUGUACGUGUUAUCUUCAAGAUCAAUUAGUUGAGACAUGAGUUGUGUGAAAGGUACAAGUACAGUAGGGUGUCAAUAAAAAGCUGAGGAAUUGUUCUUUCACAUUCUUUUUUUUUAAUUUUUUUAAUUUUAAAUGUAAUACUCAGUUCUCUGGAUAUUAACCCUUGAAAGAGGAUCACCUUUUUUU